AUGUUAUUCUUAUCCAUAUUGAUAGGAAACUGUUUAGCUAAAUUAAAUCUAACAAUUGGAAUUGAUAUAAACAAUAAGGAAUCAUUAGCUUAUUUGGGUAGAUUAGAAUAACAUUAUGAAUAAUUUGAAAAAAAAGGAUGUAAUUCUGUUCUAAUUCAAUUAAGUAAGCUUGAACAUUCUGAAUCACAUUUUGCCAUGCUAUACAUGUAAACAAAGACAUAAUUAUACUUAACCUGAAUAAAAUUGCUUUGGAGGUGGAAGAUAUUGCUGUAAGGAAUUUUUUAUUCAAGCUUAGAGUUUUCAACUUAUGCCAAUGGUCAAUUAUUGCUUACAGAGAUUCUCAGAUAAAAUUGUUUAUUUACAUAUGAGACUUAAUUAUUUUUAAGCUAUCUCAAUUUAUUUUAGUAAGAUUGUUUCGAAAAUCCACAUUAUACAUUUUGCUCAGAAAAUAUAUUGAAUAAAUUACUUAAUAUAAAUACAACAAAAGUUAAUGAAUGCAUUAAUGCUAGCUUUUAAGGAUAGGGUGAUUAAGCAUUAUUAGAAAAUAACCUAUUGGCUAAAGAAAUGGAUAAAUAAUAUAAUUAAAGUUAACUAAGUGUAUACUUAGAUAAUAAAGACAUAUCAGAUUAGACAUUUCCUGAGAUGAUUGUCUAAUUAUGUUAAAAAUUAAAAGAUGAUCCACCUGAAUAUUGCAAUAUAUUUUCACUUCUUGAAAAAAACACAACUUUAAAACUAGAUGAUUAUAUAUUCUUUGCUCUGUUUAUAGUAUUACUUAUCCUCUUAAUAUUGAUAUCAAUAAGGGUCUUAAGAAGAGUGAAAAAUGUUAUUUAGGAUAAAUAAUCAAUACCUGUUGAAGAAACGAUUGGAAUUAUUUCAGGGGUAAAUGUACAAUGA